CUUUCAGAGGACAGCCCCCAAAACGUCUGAAUGAGUAGGCAGAGAGCAGUAGAGAGCUGCCUGGGUGUGUGAAAGACUGGUUCGAAGGAGCUUACAUGUAACUAGAAGUAACUUCUUGCCAAUGAAACAACUAAUCAGUGCUUCUUUUCUGUGUUUGACUCCGUCAGCAAAAGUUUGCCAAGGUAACCGGUUCUGUUUCUUUGUACCACCAUUGUGUUUCAGAACAAAGUGACUUUUAUGAUGAGGAACUUUUUUGGGUCUGUUGUCCUUCUGCACCUGAUGGGGGUUUGUUUAUCCCAAUUUCCUCGCCCCUGUGCCAACUCCGAGGGGCUGCGAACUAAAGAGUGCUGUCCGAUUUGGGAAGGAGACAGCUCGCCUUGUGGAGCCCUGUCAGGCCGGGGGUUCUGCACUGAGGUGCUGGUCUCAGAAGAGCCCAACGGGCCACAGUACCCACACACUGGGAUUGAUGACAGAGAGCGCUGGCCUUUGGCUUUCUUCAACCGGACGUGUCGCUGUGCUGGAAACUAUGGAGGGUUUAACUGUGGAGAAUGCAGGUUUGGGUACUGGGGUGCAAAUUGUGCCCAGUACAGAGAAUCAGUGCGCAGGAACAUCAUGACCAUGUCAACUGUUGAGCAGCAGAAGUUCAUCUCUUACCUCAAUUUGGCUAAAAACAGCAUCAACCCUGACUAUGUCAUCUCUACAGCAACAAGAGCAGAGAUGGGAGAAAAUGGGGAGAACCCCAAGUUUUCUGACAUCAACACCUACGACCUGUUUGUCUGGAUACACUACUAUGUCUCCAGAGACACCUUUUUGGGGGGACCAGGAAAUGUCUGGAGAGACAUCGACUUUGCCCAUGAAUCCGCGGCAUUUCUGCCCUGGCACAGGGUCUUCCUGCUUCACUGGGAGAAUGAGAUAAGGAAAAUAACAGGAGAUUUUAACUUUACCAUCCCAUACUGGGACUGGAGGAACUCCCAGUCUUGCGAAGUGUGCACCGAUGCUCUGAUGGGCGGACGCAACUCCCUCAAUCCCAACCUCAUCAGCCCUGCUUCGGUCUUCUCCUCGUGGAAGGUGAUCUGCUCGCAGCCAGAGGAGUACAACAACCGAGAAGCCUUGUGCAAUGCCACUGGAGAGGGUCCACUGUUGCGUAAUCCAGGCAACCACGAUAGAAACCGUGUGCCGAGACUUCCUACAACAGCUGAUGUGGACUUCGCUGUGGGCCUUCCCGAGUACGAGACAGGAAACAUGGACCGAUUUGCCAACAUGAGCUUUAGAAACGUCCUGGAGGGAUUUGCCAGCCCUGAGACCGGGCAAGCAGUACUAGGCCAGAGCACCAUGCACAACUCCCUGCACGUCUUCAUGAACGGCUCCAUGUCCUCCGUCCAGGGUUCAGCCAACGACCCCAUAUUCCUGCUUCACCAUGCCUUCAUUGACAGCAUCUUUGAGCGCUGGCUCAGGACCCACCAGCCUCCCAGGAGCAUCUACCCACGAGCCAAUGCCCCUAUUGGGCAUAAUGACGGCUACUACAUGAUACCUUUCCUACCCCUCUACAGAAACGGAGACUACUUUCUGUCCAACAAAGCAUUAGGAUAUGAGUAUGCCUACCUGUUGGAUCCAGGUCAGAGGUUUGUUCAGGAGUUUUUGACCCCCUACUUGCAGCAAGCCCAGGAAAUCUGGCAGUGGCUGCUGGGGGCCGGGAUCCUGGGAGCUUUGAUUGCUUCGAUUAUGGCUGCUCUGAUAGUCGUCGCAAGAAGGAGGUGGAAGCGGAACCAGAGAAGGAAGAGGGCGUUGAGCUACGGAGAGAGGCAGCCACUGCUGCAGAGCAGCUCAGAGGAAGGCUCAUCGUCAUAUCAAACCACUCUUUAACAAAAACAGACAUUAUCAAAACAUUUGAAUGUGAAAGUUCAAACCAUUUAGGAUACAUUCUAUUUAAAAAAGGCCAAUCCGAUGCAACGCAUGCAGUUACAACGAGUCUGGUAAUAGAAGCAGGUACAGAAGAGCGUGUAAAGCAUCAUUAAAGAGAAUAAAACACAUAUUUCCAACCUCACCUGAUAUAUGUGAGCAUUGUCUUUGACUUUCAGACAUCUGCACUGAAAACUUGUUGAAUACUUUUUUUCCUUGAUUGUUCUGUUACAAUCCAAUUUUAAUAUUUUUCUCAGUAACUUGAACAUAACUACUAUUUAUCUCAUAUUUAAAUUUUACUACAACUUAAGAGUAAUUCUGUUUACUCUUAAAGUUAAAGGUUAAUGUCACAUUGAUUUCCUCCUUAUGAUAAAUUAUUAGGAUCGCAGCAUCAGCAAAGAAACUUGAACACACUCUCUGGCCUUUUUGAUAUAAAAACUGAGGUCCAACCUGCUUUUCUGCAUAUAAUUUCAAAUCAGGAUUUUCUCUGUCCAAGCAUCUCGAAGAAACUCCAAACUAGGGCUGGGAAAGUCCUCUGAUCAUGCAGCUCUGCACUGUACUUUAGUGCUGAGAAGAUAAAUCGUAACCUUUGAGAGCUAACAAUGGUGCUAAAGUAUCCCAGUGUGAUAAAAUGCCUCAUAUUACAAAAGCAAAUGAAGUGUUGGAAUAAUGCCCAGAUGUAUCAUGAAUUGUGUUACUAUUCUGUGAUUUUGUGUUGAAAAUGCAACAAAGUUGAUUAAAAAGAUUUACCCAGA